AUGAUAACAGUGUGCGCAAGUGUUGCGCAGUGCUGACGCACAUGAACGCGUUUGAUUUUCUGUUUAUUGUCAUGUUAAACAUUUUCGGUUGCUAGACGACAAUAAUGCACUUUAUAUCCGUACGGCGAAGAGAGACGCGAAACGACGCUGUGCGAUAUUAUUGCGUUAAAUCUGUAGCUUUCAUACACACUGUCCACGUAGGAUUUGUUGCUUUUCUUAACGGCGACAUCAGGAAACAGCUGCAUCUUGGGAACUUCUUCUUAACACCCCCUACCCAUUUCAGUGCUCGUUUAUGCUGUUUUAUAUUAGGAUUUACACACAUCUUUGAAAUGAUGAAAAUACGAUUUUCUGCUGCAUCAUAAAACGCGGACAUUACAGGUCGUAGCUCCAUAGAUCAUACUGUAUGAGAAAGUAUUAUGGUCCUGUUGUUUGUAAAAGGUGAUGAUAAAAUAAAAACAGGCCAUUACAUAGGCUAUAAUGUCUGUAGUAGCUGGAGAACUUGUCACUGAAGAAGAGGUGGAGGAUCUGGCAGAGGACAGUCUCUGUAGCAGCUAUGUGUCUGACACUGAAAAGUCAAGAAAAAAGAAAGUUUCUGGCAGACCACCUCCUUCUCCUAAGUCACCAUACCUGAACAGUGCAAACUUGCUUCUGAAGAAAACUCCAGUAGCAUCAUGGAGGACGGUGAAGGGGACACAGCUCCAAAACUGUAAAACCCCUCCGGCUGGUACACCCAGGGACGUCUGGCUGCACUUACAGAAUGAUGGACAUGGGGCAUUGUCAAAGUCUCUGAAAGGAGCAGAUUACAGUGUCGCACAGACCAGCAUCUCCAUGACCAGCACACCUGAAUACCUGAAGGAGGCCUUAGGAAUGAAAAAGCCAAAAUAUUCCCGCUCUGCAUCUAACGGUUAUGUUGCAGGGACCCCAGGCUACAAAGAAAAGGAAGAAAUGUAUGAUGAAAUAAUGGAUCUAAAAAAGGCCAUCCAAUCCCAAAAGGCUGAAUCUGACAAGAUGAAAGCCAAGCUGCGCCGUCUUGAAGAAGACAACACUAAGAAAGACAGACAAAUUGAACAGCUGCUGGAUCCAGCGAAGGACCCAGAUUAUGCAAGGGGUUUAGUGGACAGAAAGACCGAUCCUAGAUCAAUCAUUAAUGGACUGAAACAGAGGAUUCUACGAUUGGAGCAGCAGUGCAAAGAAAAAGAGAAUGCCUUGAGUCAGCUUCAGAGUGACCUCAAAACUACCAACAUGCAGGAAAUGAAGAUCACUGUAGAAACGUACUUUGAGGAGGUUCAAAGAUUGCGAGCACUGUUAGAGUCAGCUGAGAGAAGUAAUAAGGCGGAGAUCAAAGACAUCAGGCGGCAGAACAAGACCCUUAGUGCAACGGUUCUGAAACUCACAAAGACCGUUCAACAACUGGAAGACGAGAACCAAGAACUCAAAAAAGAACUGACACAGGAAGAGAUGAGCAUGAUGGACAGCCCUGUGUGCCGUGCCAAGGGUUAUAUGGAUUGGAGCAAACAGAGACUUGUGCGACGAAUCCUGGAACUUGAAAAGAGAGUUGAGCAGAUGAAGAAUCUUCAUAUAACUAAAACAUCAGACUCACAGAAGAGCUCAGAGGGGAAAGGCACUGAGUCAGAAUCGGCCAAUCAGAGCGAUUCUGUCAACACAGAGAUGGAUGUGAUCACAGAGAAUGAUGCGCAUUUGAGGGGAGCAGUAAAGAAACUUACAGAAGAGAAAAAGGAACUACAGGAAAAACUAACCCAGAGAGAUGAAGAGAUAAAGCAGUUGUCCGCUGAGAAGGAUGAAGGUCUGAAAGAGGUAGAAAAUGUGCUGAAGGAACAAAUUAGAGAGCAUGAGAGACUGAUGAAAACACACAGGCAGGAGAUGGGUGUGCUGACCGUAGAAAUCAACUGUUUAAAAGAGAAACUAGAGGAGGAGAGAAAACUCAGAUUAGUACAAGAUCCAAGUCAGGUUCAGGACAGUUCUUUUUCAUUAACACUCACAGAACCAUUGUCGUCAUCGGCGGUUGCGUCAAUAGAGAAGAACAAAGCAGCUAAGAUCAUUCAGACACACUGGCUCUCACACCGAACACGGGAUCUAGUUCUCUUGCAAUCCUGUCUCAGAGGGCAUCUAAUCAGACAGAGGCAGUUAGAUGGACAGAGGCAAGCAACUGUCCCUGUUGCAGUGAGUCAAUCAGUUAUGAACACUCAGGCUGUACAGGAAGAGGAAGUGACUCUGCUGCAGGCUGUCUUUAGGGCUCAUCUCAAACGGAUGGACAGGGCAUCUACAGUGACGCAGUCUGAAUCUUUCAUUCAUCAGAAAAAGCAGCAUCUCUCCACCCCUCCACUGCUGCCCACAGGGUUCCCACAGGCCAUGUUUACGAACAAAACGCAAACCUCAGGUGUAACUCAGAAUAAUAGCGAGGAGACUGCAGAGAAACUAAAUCCUGCUUAUAAUGAGAAGCUGCGUGACAAGAGAUCAGUACCAGGAGACCUGAAGCUCCACCAACAGCAACCAGCCACUGAAAGUCCAAAGACCAUUGAUUCAGACGACUCAGAUGACAUCAUUGUGUCUCCUUCAAGGCCACUGAGAAAAAGAGAAAAAUGCUUUAGUCCAUUCAAUGCUAAUGAUGUGGUUUAGCUCUUUGGUUUUUUUUACUAUUUGGACCUUCAUAAAUAAUGCUUUUUCUUUUUAAACUUGGAACACACAUUAUUACCUGAGCAACUUAAAAGGGAACUGAAACAAACUGACAUUUAUAUGGGCAAUAAUGACUGUACAUAGAUCAUGGAUGAUAGAUUGUUACGGUUUUGUGAUUUCACACUUUAUUAUUCUGCUACAGUCACAUUCCUUUGACUUCUAAAACCUAAAACCUUCAAAUAAGGUAGAAAUUUCAAAAGUUGUGUCUUCACACUCCAAAAGUGCCUUAUGUAGGAAGAUCAUGUUUAAAUGAGGAUCAGGGAUUUAAUAUUAUUCAUUUACUUCUCAUUGCAGAUGAAUAUACACAUUACACUAAGCAGAAUAUCUUAUAUUUAAGCCAUUGUGUGCAUUUUAAAGUACACCUCUGAUUGAUACAAAAGUACUGUGAAUCUACACAAACAUAUUGCUGGAUAAGAGAACUUCAAGUUCAGAUUGAGGAAAAAUGACAGCAAAUGCUGUUAAUGCAGUUAAAUGUUGUCAGUGUGCUUCGUGUUGUUAUAGAUGAAUCUGUAUUGAACCAAUAAUAGCACUGAAAAAAAAUGUGUUGCUGUUUUCUUGUUUCGAUGUCUUAUUAAAACUGAUUUUGCUCUAAGAGCACAUUA